AUGAGCUCCACACCUGCGACGGGCGUCCCCAGCAUGGCCAGGAACGGCCCGCCAACGCUCGAGAAGAAGCCGGUCAAGUUCAGCAACUUGUUGCUUGGUGCUGGUCUCAACAUAGUAACAACUCUGGGACAGCCGUUGGAGGUCGUCAAGACUACCAUGGCUGCCAACAGGUCUGAAGGCUUCUCGGGAGCUAUUGGCCGCAUCUGGGCGCGUGGAGGUGUUCUCGGAUUCUACCAGGGUCUCAUUCCAUGGGCCUGGAUCGAAGCCUCCACCAAGGGAGCCGUCCUCCUCUUUGUCGCUUCAGAAGCCGAAUACUACGCCAAGUCGUUCGGCGCUCCCGACUUCCUUGCUGGUAUCUCUGGUGGUAUGACGGGUGGUCUCGCGCAAGCCUAUGCCACCAUGGGUUUCUGCACUUGCAUGAAGACGGUCGAGAUCACAAAGCACAAGGUCGCAGCCACCGGCGCGAAGCCCCCGGGUACGCUUGAGACCUUCAUGCAGAUUUGGCGCACGGAGGGUCUCCGCGGUAUCAACCGUGGUGUCAACGCCGUCGCCGUGCGCCAGGUCACCAACUGGGGAUCUCGCUUUGGUCUGUCCCGUGUUGCGGAAACCGGUAUUCGCAGGGUCAUGGACAAAGAGCAUGGCGAGAAGCUCUCAGUGGUUGAAAAGAUCACUGCUUCAGCUCUCGGUGGUGGUUUGAGCGCGUGGAACCAACCUAUCGAGGUCAUCCGCGUUGAGCUCCAGUCCAAGACUGUUGAUCCUAACCGCCCCAAGAACCUGAACGUUGCAUCAGCGUUCAAGUACAUCUACUCGAACAACGGUAUCAAGGGUCUUUACCGUGGUGUUACUCCCCGCAUUGGUCUUGGCGUUUGGCAGACGGUCUGCAUGGUUGCUCUGGGCGAUGUUGCCAAGGAGGCUGUUGAGAAGCUCACCGGCGACAAAUUUCCCGAUAAAGUCGCACAACCAAGUUUGAGAGGAUGGCGUUGCGACUUGACGGCACUUUCGCAUCGAUAUAAUCUCUAUUUCCUCGCCUCUGUCGAUGAAGUUCAUGUCUAUCAACCCAGUUUUCCCGAUCAGAAUUUACCUAGCGAGGCUGAGCUUGUCCUACAUCCGCCCAAAACUGGUGUCGUUGGACAAGGGAUUGACCCUUCAAACCCUCACUCUAUUACCCGUAUCCUUGUUGAUUAUCUCGGCAGUGAAGAGAUUCUUCUUCUGGCCUGUGACGACGGUGACGUUAUCGGAUACAGAAUUCAAGAGAUCCAACGAGCACUCGAACACAGGACCAAUCUGCAAGAGCCUAUCAACGACGAUAGCAUCCAUGUGUUCCUCCACCGUAACGUUGGUGCGAGUGCAUGGGGCUUAGCGGUGCAUCGGGAGGCCCGCAUCAUUGCAAUUAGUGCGAACACUCAUCAUAUCACCAUAAUCGCGUAUGCGCUCGCUUCUGGUAGCGAAUUGGACACCUCAGACCACAAUGCCCACGGGCUUUCACCGCCUGCUCCUAAUUUUCCAUAUAGCAGGCAAAAAGAUGAUGUUUUUACUCUCUCAGCGACAAACAACAUCCCUGCGCUGUCGUUCUAUGGCGAUUCUGGGCGUUGGCUUCUGAGCAGUUGUAUCGAUGGCAAAACUGCAUUGUGGGACUUGAAUUCAAGAGAAGAGGUAGCCACGUUUCAGCUGGGCUGGUGCGCAAGCGCGAGCGAUCUCUCGACGCCGCCUCGUUACUUUCGCCACAGAUUUCUGUGCGAAUGCCCAGCCGCUCAGAAUGUACUCCAUGGCGCCUGGGGUACCAUAGCACUGGAUAUACGAUCAGCGUAUGAGUCGUCCUCAGCGGAAGAAUUUACUCCAGCUGCCAGUACGGCCGACUUUAUGGACAUCACCAAUCAGAAGGAACGCUUCCGAGUUUCGAACCGCACCUCUCCAUUUUCCGAGUCUAGCGAAAGUGAAUACGAUUCGGAGGCCGCAGAUGAUGGAGACGACGGUACAGAUGACGAACAACCCGCACAACCUUUUGCGCAAUUGAUCCAAGCUGUAAGUCAAAGCGUGUGCACAAAGAAGCCCAGGUCAUCUUGUUUGUUGCCACGGCUCAAAGAUGCCAUCAUUGCUCCUUUUCUGAUCUUUACGAAGGAGGACAUUUUUCUUGUUCAGGGCUCAUACAAGACAUCCAUGAACUAUACCCUCAAUCAAGUUACUGCUAUGCAGCGACCACUACAUCCGGGCCGAUGGGUAGAGGCCCUCACCUCUCAAGAUCGACACUGCUUCUUUUCUCAGAUACCUGAGCUAGGCAUCUUCAUAGUCGGAUCUCCGAUUGGUCAUGCUGGCGUGUUCAGCUUAUGUUUUACUAAGCGCGAGGACCACGAACAGCCACGGUAUGGAUUCAAGCUCGAGUAUUUGUUGCCCUUCCACAAAAGCGAUCAGACAAAAAUUACUGGAGUGCCGCAGGGACGACUGCUUGGUAUAGCUGUAGCACCCAUACAAGGCAUGUUUGACGUUCCAAGAGACACUGAAGCAUUGGAACAAGAGAAAGAGACAUUGCAACCAAGGCGAUGGCGCUUGUUAAUGUACUACAUGGAUCACACCGUAUUGAGCUUUGAGCUGUCGAGGAUGAGAGUGGACGAGUCACCGUCCUUGAGCGAUAUGGUUGUUUAG